GCCGGCAGGCAACAAAAUUAGGCAAUUUAAAAUUUUGUUUGUUUCAUAACAAAUUAAAGUUUGGCUAAUUUAUAAUGCAACAAGCGCGAGUUUAUAAAUGAAAUAAAGAAGUGCAUGUGUAGCCACAAGUCAAAGAAUGGUUCAAUAGUGCAAUUUGCUUGAGAAGUUUGGUGCUGUCAUUCAAGGUCAUUUGCCAAAGUUAAAGCAAUGAAUAGGUACGCUGCGAUUUGGAAGCUUAAACCAAAUAAAAAAACAUAAAAAUAUAACUAAAAUAAUAGAUUAUAAUGUCAAACCUUCUCUUCAACCAAAUAAGACUGGAAUAAAUAUACGCGUAUUUCUAGCAACAUUGUUGCUGAAAUAUGUAUGUUGCUGCCACACAACUAUCCAUUGCCAAUUGGCAAUAUUUACAAAUUUCAAAUUUAUUAUGAAUGAAAUGGUUUUCGCACCUGCGCACCGCACACUCACUAUCCAUGCUGCCGAACGAACAGACAGCAGCCGGCAUCGGCAUGUGUCACGAAUCCAAUUGCUGUGAAUCCUCAGCUGAUGGUUGGCGGAAAACUCCAAACUAAUCGCAACACGCUUUUCCACAACGUUUCGCCGUUGUUGGCGCCAGUUGACGCGGAGGCAUUCAUCAGUGCACUUCUUUCACUGUUGCGAAGAGCUAGCUAGCGCGCAUACAAUAAGCAUAAAAGCGUAACAUUAGUGUCGCGCAUUCUCGCUAAUUACUGUUAUAAAUUUGUAUAAAAUAAAAACAUAAAAAUUCGCGUGGCGAAAAUUUCGAAAACAAAAAAAAAACAUAAACUGUGGUGCGGAAUUUUCGGAAUUUUGAAUAUUUUUGAGCUUUUGCCAAUUUUGUGUUGGAGUGUGUGUUUCAAUAUCCCGCCAUAAUUAAGGACAGUGCCAUUUACUUUCAACGCUUGAAAUGAAAUUUAAAAAUAAAACAAUUUUGGUAAAUAAAUCGGCAAGUCAUUGUGUCGCUUGGCAACAUACAAGUUAAAAAAAAAAUUUAAUUGCCAACAAGUAUGCGUUGUACUAAAAUUGAUUAUAAAUUGCCUAAUAACAAAUGCAAAUUUCAGUAAGCGUGUAAAUCAAAAAUAAAUGUUUACAUAUGUACAUACAUACAUACAAACAUAUGAAAUAAUGUGCUGUAUUUAGUGUAAAUUUCAAGUGCGCUGUGUUAAUUGAUAUUUUAACUCUCCACGAAUGGCCGCUAUGGAUUCUUUAAAUAAGCCUCAACGGCAUCAACAGCACAACGACAACAACAACGAAGCAAAGCAACAACAAAUUAAGUAAAGCAAAACAGCGAAGAGCCACUUUACGCCCAACGACACAAAGCACAGUUGGAGGUGGUAUAGAAACGAAGCGCGCAUAAACCAAACAAAACAAAACACAAAACUAGAACGAAGAAUAGAAAUUAAACCACAAAAACAACAACGACACAAUGCAAAAUUUAUUAUUUUAUGGCGCAGCGAGUGCCGCCAUUGCAGUGGCCACACUGACACACAGCAGCGUAGCGAGUUUAAGCUACGACUCGAGCAUACCAUUGAAUAACGGACUCGGACAGACGCUUGCAGCUGAAGCAAAAACAACCGCAAAUAACACAUUGUCACUGUGGGAAUUAACAACGCGCGCCACCACUACCACUGCGACCAAAGCGAUAGCGGGCUUAAGCAGCGGCAACAACUUGACGCGCAGCAGAUUGGUCGAUGAGGGCGGCGGUGGUAAUCGAGAUGAUAGCGGUAGCAAUGAUGGCGUCGCCGCUUACGUCGACAAUUUAAUGCAGGCCUUAAGCACAACCGCUAGCUUUUUAUAUAACAACAACAACUUCAACAGUAGCAACAACAACAACAACAGCAGUAGCGGUAGCAACCUAACAGCGGUCACCGAAACGCCAUAUGUACCGUAUGUCAUGCGACCGGAAACGUACAUUGUGCCUGUGCUAUUUGCGCUUAUCUUCAUUGUGGGCGUGCUGGGCAAUGGUACACUGAUUGUGGUCUUCCUUGGCGUGCGACAAAUGCGCAAUGUGCCGAAUACCUACAUACUCUCGCUAGCAAUUGCCGAUCUGUUGCUCAUCCUCACCACGGUGCCGUUAACGUCCACUGUCUACACGGUGGACUCGUGGCCAUGGGGCAGCUUCCUCUGCACAUUGUCGGAAUUUAUUAAAGACGUGUCGAUUGGCGUUUCCGUUUUCACACUCACAGCACUCUCCGGUGACCGGUACUUUGCCAUUGUGGACCCAUUAAGAAAAUUCCAUGCACACGGUGGCGGCAAACGUGCCACACACAUGACCAUCGCCAUUGCCGUGUCCAUUUGGCUGUUGGCGAUACUCUGCGCCAUGCCCGCACUCCUCGGCACAAAUGUGAAGCAUGUGAAAAUCAAUAAAAACAAAUCAUUCGAACUUUGCUACCCCUUUCCGGAGAAGUGGGGCGACGAAUAUGCCAAAACGAUGGUUUUAAUGCGCUUUCUGGUCUACUACGCCAUUCCGUUGUGUAUAAUUGGCGCUUUUUAUGUGUUAAUCGCGCGGCAUUUGAUGUACGCCGCUAGCGUGCCGGGUGAAAUGCAGGGCGCCUUGCGACAGGUGCGUGCACGUCGUAAGGUGGCUGUAACGGUGUUGGCGUUUGUUGUUAUAUUUGGCAUUUGCUUUAUGCCCUAUCACAUCUUCAUGCUUUGGUUCUAUUAUUGGCCCACCGCACAGCAUGACUACAACUCCUUCUGGCAUGUUUUACGCAUCGUCGGCUUCUGCUUAUCCUUCGCCAACAGCUGUGCCAAUCCGGUGGCUUUGUAUUUUGUUAGUGGCGCCUUCCGCAAACAUUUCAAUAGAUACUUGUUUUGUCAAGGGUCUGGCGUACGCCUCAAAAAACGACACCCACACAACGAUACCCUCUGCAUGCAUCGGGACGCAUCGCUCACUAGCACCGCAUCGAAACGCUAUUAUUCGUCGACGCGUCGCUCGACAUGCCAUCAUCACAGCACCAUGCGAAGCCGAUUACAAGAGACUACCAUCACGAUGAUGGCGAAUGGCAGUCAAAAUGGUGGACCACUCACCGAUGUCUCCGACGUUGCUUUGGCCAGUGAAUUUUGCGAUCACGCGCCGCACUACCCACAUCAACGACAACAACACACUUCUUCACAACAGCAGCAGCAACAACAAUAUCAACGUCAAAUGUCAUUUAUGUGAGGCA